AUGUUCCGGAGGACGGUACUUGCGGCGGCACUAUUAUGUGGCCUUGGUGUGGACCUGUUACAGGCGCACCCCGGAUCGAAAUCGCAGGUUAUCGAACUGGACGAAUCCAACUGGGACCGAAUGCUGACCGACGAGUGGUUGGUGGAAUUCUACGCUCCAUGGUGCCCGGCAUGCAAAAGUUUGGCCCCCAUCUGGGAUGACCUUUCGACGUGGUCGGACGAUUUGAACAUCAAAACUGCGAAGGUGGACGUGACGUCAUCACCGGGGUUAAGUGGCAGAUUCUUCGUCACCGCACUGCCAACCAUUUUCCACGUAAUUAACGGUGAGUUCCGCCAGUACAAGGGACCGCGCGAUAUGAACUCGUUCAUGUCGUUCAUCGAGGAGAAGAAGUGGGAAUCGUUGGAGCAGGUGUCGGCUUGGCGCAAUCCGGACUCGAUCCAAAUGUCACUCGUUUCGCUGUUCUUCAAGCUUUCACACUUCCUGAAAGUAAGUAGAACCCGUUGGCGGGAGCUUAAUACGAUGCUUCUGAAGAAUUACGGACUUCCGGUCUGGGGAUCGUACACGCUGUUCGGCAUCGGCACGGUACUGCUCGGUGCCAUUUUCGGUCUGAUACUGGUGUGCAUCAUCGAUUGUCUGUUCCCACCCAAGUCCGGCCAGCGACAGAGCUUCUCCGAGCAUAAACAGAAGGUACGGGCGGAAAAGGUACCUGAAGAGUUGCGAGGAGACGAGCUGGUCGAUGAGGAUGAGGAAAAGCGUACCGCCGAUGUUGAGGAGGAGGAGUAUGACGAUGAGGACGAGAAUGGUGAGGCGGAAGAGAAGGAAACGUCCGAGGGUGAGAAAUACUCCGGUAGCGAUGAUUCGGACGAUCAGGAACCGACAGUGGCGCCAGUGGACGCUCCUAAGGCGGAGAAGAAGGAGGACAAGAAACCGAAGGAACCCGAACCGGUAGCGGAAGAAAAGAAGGAAAAGACUACCACCAGUCCGGACGUGAGAAAACGCAAACCAAGAAAGGCGGACUAAAGGCGCGGA